AUGGGCCGCCCCGAGCGGGGCGCGCUCCGGCCGCUGGCGCUGCUGCUGUUGCUGCUGCUGCAGCUCCAGCAUCUCGCGGCGGCGGCAGAUCUACAGCGCGGCGGCGAAGGGCCGGUCAAAGAGUGCGAAGAAGACCAAUUCCGGUGCCGGAAUGAGCGCUGCAUCCCCUCCGUGUGGAGGUGCGACGAGGACGACGACUGCUCGGACAACAGCGACGAGGACGACUGCCCCAAGAAGACCGGUGCGGACAGCGACUUCACCUGUGGCAACGGCCACUGCAUCCCGGAGAGGUGGAAGUGUGAUGGCGAGGAGGAGUGUCCCGACGGCUCCGAUGAGGCAGAGGACUACUGCACCAAACAGGUGUGUCCCGCAGAGAAGCUGAGCUGUGGACCUGCCAGCCACAAGUGUGUGCCUGCCUCGUGGCGCUGCGACGGGGAGAAGGACUGUGAGAGCGGAGCGGACGAGGCCGGCUGUGCCACCUUGUGCGCCCCGCACGAGUUCCAGUGCAGCAACCGCUCCUGCCUGGCCGCCGUGUUCGUGUGUGACGGCGACGACGACUGCGGCGACGGCAGCGACGAGCGCGGCUGCGCCGACCCGGCCUGCGGGCCCCGCGAGUUCCGCUGCGGGGCGGUGGUGGCGGCGGCGCUGGGUGGCGGCGCCUGCAUCCCCGAGCGCUGGGUCUGCGACCGUCAGUUCGACUGCGAGAACCGCUCGGACGAGGCGGACGAGCUGUGCGGCCGUGCGGGCCCGGGGCCACGCCGCGACGCCUCCUGCGCCGCGGCCGCCCAGUUCGCCUGCCGCAGCGGCGAGUGCGUGCACCUGGGCUGGCGCUGCGACGGCGACCGCGACUGCAAGGAGUCGGACGAGGCCGACUGCCCACUGGGGACCUGCCGUGGGGAUGAGUUCCAGUGUGGGGAUGGGACUUGUGUCCCUACAAUCAAGCGCUGCGACCAGGAACAGGACUGUCUGGACGGGAGUGACGAAGCUGGCUGCUUGCAGGGGCUGAAUGAGUGUCUGCACAACAAUGGCGGCUGCUCCCACAUCUGCACUGACCUCAAGAUUGGCUUUGAGUGCACGUGCCCAGCAGGCUACCAGCUCCUGGACCAGAAGACCUGUGGCGACAUCGACGAGUGUAAGGAUCCAGACGCCUGCAGCCAGAUCUGUGUCAAUUACAAAGGCUACUUUAAGUGCGAGUGCCACCCGGGUUACGAGAUGGACACGCUGACCAAGAACUGCAAGGCCGUCGCCGGCAGAAGCCCGUCCCUGAUCUUCACUAACCGGCAUGAAGUGCGGAGGAUCGAUCUGGUGAAGCGGGACUACUCACGCCUCAUCCCCAUGCUCAAGAAUGUCGUGGCGCUGGAUGUGGAAGUUGCCACCAAUCGCAUCUACUGGUGUGACCUCUCCUACCGCAAGAUCUACAGCGCCUACAUGGACAAGGCCAGCGACCUGGCAGAGCAGGAGGUCCUCAUUGACAAGCAGCUGCACUCUCCAGAGGGCCUGGCGGUGGACUGGGUCCACAAGCACAUCUACUGGACUGACUCGGGCAACAAGACCAUCUCAGUGGCCACAAUUGAUGGAAGCCGCCGAUGUACUCUCUUCAGCCGUGACCUCAGUGAACCCCGGGCCAUCGCGGUCGACCCCCUGAGAGGGUUCAUGUAUUGGUCUGACUGGGGGUACCAGGCCAAGAUCGAGAAGUCUGGGCUCAAUGGUGUAGACCGGCAAACGCUGGUGUCAGACAACAUUGAAUGGCCCAAUGGAAUCACCCUGGAUUUGCUGAACCAGCGCUUAUACUGGGUAGACUCCAAGCUGCACCAACUCUCCAGCAUUGACCUCAGCGGAGGCAACAGAAAGAUGCUGAUUUCCUCCCCUGACUUCCUGAGCCACCCUUUUGGGAUAGCUGUGUUUGAGGACAAGGUGUUCUGGACAGACCUGGAGAAUGAGGCCAUUUUCAGUGCAAAUCGGCUCAAUGGCCUGGAAAUCUCCAUCCUAGCUGAGAACCUCAAUAACCCACAUGACAUUGUCAUCUUCCAUGAGCUGAAGCAGCCAAGAGCUGCAGAUGCCUGUGAGCUGAGUGCCCAGCCCAAUGGAGGCUGUGAGUACCUGUGCCUUCCUGCUCCUCAGAUCUCCAGCCCCUCUCCCAAGUACACGUGUGCCUGUCCUGACACAAUGUGGCUGGGCCCAGACAUGAAGAGGUGCUACCGAGCACCUCAAUCUACCUCAACUACGAUGUUAGCUCCUACCACAACGAGGACACUAGCCGACACUGCAAGAGCCCCUGGGACCACUGUCCACAGCCUCACCUCCCAGAACCACAGCACAGAGACACCAAGCCUGGCAGCUGUGGUCCCCAGCUCAGUUAGUGUCCCCAGGGCUCCAAGCAUCAGCCCAUCUACCCCAAGCCCUGCGACCAGCAACCACUCCCAGCACUAUGGGAAUGAAGGUGGCAAGAUGGGCUCAACAGUCACUGCUGCUGUCAUUGGGAUCAUCGUGCCCAUGGCGGUAAUAGCCCUGCUGUGCAUGAGUGGCUACCUGAUCUGGAGAAACUGGAAGCGGAAGAACACCAAAAGCAUGAAUUUUGACAACCCAGUGUACAGGAAAACAACAGAAGAAGAAGAAGAAGAUGAGCUCCACAUAGGGAGGACUGCUCAGAUCGGCCAUGUCUAUCCUGCAGCGAUCAGCAGCUUUGAUCACCCACUGUGGGCAGAGCCCUGUCUUGGGGAGACCAGAGAACUGGAAGACCCAGCCCCUGCCCUCAAGGAGCUUUUUGUCUUGCCGGGGGAACCAAGGUCACAGCUGCACCAACUCCCGAAGAACCCUCUUUCCGAGCUGCCUGUCGUCAAGUGCAAGCGAGUGGCAUUAAGCCUUGAAGAUGAUGGACUGCCCUGAGGAUGGGACCACUCCCUUCGUGCCUCAUGGAAUUCGGUCCCAUGCACUACACUCUCUGGAUGGUGUAUGCCUGGAUGAAAGGGUUUUCUGUAUAUGGGUCUGUGUGAGUGAGUGUGUGUAUGUGUAAUUUUUUUUUUAAUUUAUGUUGCAGAAAGGUAACCACAAAGUUAUGAUGAACUGCAAACAUCCAAAGGAUGUGAGAGUUUUUAUAUGUAUAAUGUUUUAUACACUUUUUAACUGGUUGCACUACCCAUGAGGAGUUCAUGGAAUGGCUACUGCUGAGUGACUAACAUGAUGUACAUAACCAAAUGGGGCUGACGGUCCAGUAGCUUACUCAUCAUUUUAAAACUAUAUUUACAGAGGGUAUUUGGCUUGGGGGGAUUUUUUAGGUUUUGGAGUUUGGGGUUUGAUUUUUUUUUUUUUUUUUGGCAUAUAAAAUGAUUAUGCUUUGUGGCUAUCCAUCAACAUAAGUAAAAAAAAAAAAGACGAAGAAGAAGAAAAAAAUACUUCAACUCCCUCCCCCAUUUAGAUUAUUUAUUAACAUAUUUCAAAAAGAAGAUUAGUUCUAUAAAUAAUUUAGAGACACGAGAGUAUUUAUUUUUGGUAUGAUUGGCCCACCAUACAGACUCUGUGUGCAUUUACGUUUAUAUGUGUAUGUGUGUGAGAGAGAGAAAUCUGUAGAGAAGAGGCGCACCUGUGGCUGUUGUUCAAGUACAUAAAGAUAAGUAUAUUGUAAAACAGUCCACAGAGGGGUAUCUGUGGUUUUCAGAGAAGCCUUUGGAAAUUUGGCUCAAAAAACAGAUGCCAUGGUUUGGGCAAACAUGUGGUGGGAGAAGCAGAUCUUUUCCACCUCUGGCAAUUUCUAGGACCCCAGUCAGUCAUGAAAGGCCUUGCAGUUCACCUGUGGCUGCCAUGACUCCCACUUGGGCUUUCUCUUCUGUGACUGAGGCCAGUGCACAGGCUUUGCACGGCGCCAGGAGGUCUCAUGAGCUCACAUGAGAACAUGCCUGAACCUCGGCUACUCCUUGUUGUAAAGCUCAGCAUUUCAAGUAACUGCAUUUUCCUUCAGGAUGCUUGGGUUGACUUCAUUAUGUUUCCUCUGAAGCACUCCUAGGAUGCCAUCCUUACUUGUAGAGAGAGCUAAGUGGAGACAUUUCUAGAACAGCCCAAGUUUACUGUAGAGACCGGCUCAGGCACCGAGAUAUGCUCAGCCUCUGAGACAUGCUGUGAGCAAGGAUAAGGACAGUGGAAUAGGUUUUGUUACAUCUCUAUUUCUCCCUUCCUUUACUCUCUACCAUUUCCUUUAGGUGGGGAAUACAACAUAGGUUUGCUACCAUCAUGUGUUCAUAUCGAUGAAAGUGGCUAAACUUGAAGUCCUACUGAGGGAGACAUGGCAUACACAACAUUAUAGUAUAUUGGAUGUAUAUGUUCAAACAGGGAUUUGGUUUACUGCUUUGUAAAUAAAAGGAAAAACUCUG